AUGAGCGGCAGGACCGCCUCUGUCUCCCCCAACACAGUCCUCCCCACGCCCUCGACGCAUCUCCACUCUCUCCGCAUACUUCUGCACUCUCUGUCCUCUCCUACAAAUGGCGUCUUCGACCUCUUCCUCUUCUUCGACAUCGACAUCCCCUUCUUCCUCAACUCCUCCUUCCUCGUCGCCGGUCCCACUGUCGGGCACACCCCAUCCCGCUGGGAAUUCCGCCGCCGAGCCGACCCUUGGGCACCCCAUUUCAACAGCGAGCGUCUUGCGGUGGUGGAGGACGACUGGGAGCUGUUCCGCCAACGCGCUCUCCGCACGGGCAUCCGUAUGUCCGACGUUGAGGGAUCACCUUCCUCUCCCCUCGUGUCGGACCUGUCUACCUCCUCCUCUGCUUCCUCCUCCUCCUCCUCCUCCUCCUCCUCCUCCUCCUCCUCCUCCUCCUCCUCGUCGUCGUCGGACGGCUCGUCCCCACCUGCGGCCCCUUCCCCAGCCAUCCAAGCCCAUCGGCCCGUUCGCGCGCUCCCACCCAAGCCUGCGGCUGCGCCCUCCCCCCCUCCAGCCGCACCCGCCCCUGGGCUCUCGCGCCGUACGACGCGCGCGCGCUCGGCACCGCGCGCUCCAUCCCCCGGACCCUCGCGCCCACGCAAGCGCGGCCGCUCCCCCUCACCCACCCUGCAGGCCUCGUCCUCUACCCGCCCUCCGAAGCGCAGCGCGCGACGCGCUCCCCUGGGCGCCGCCAGCGGGUCCUCCAACGCUAACAACAAGGCGGCGCCUGCGCGCAAGGCACCCGCGCCCGCGCUAGAGCCUACGGGGGAGCCUCCUGUGGGACGUCGUGCCCCAAACGCGCAGAAUGACGUGCCGUUCACCUGCGGCUGGGAGGGUUGCUCACUGAGGGUGGAAGACCGGAAGGCCUGGAAGGCCCAUAUGGCGGCUAAGCACGGGGUCGAUGCGACGCGGGCGCCUGAUGGACGCCGCUGCAAGCACACCGCUUGCCAGGGGAAGGCAGGGCCGUAUGGGGACAUGGCCGCGCUGGUGAAACAUAACACCCGGAAGCACCAGUCCCCAAACAAGCACGCGUGCCAGGUACUGGGAUGCGAGGCCUCCUACGACAACGCCGACUCCCUGAGGCGGCACGUUCAGGCGAAGCACUCGGGGAAGGCCCCUGCUCCACGCAAGGGUACAAAGAAGGCGUCCGCGGCGAACAAGGAGAACGAGGAGCCGGUCGCGGGCCCCAGCGGUCACCGCCACUCUUCUGCGGAGGAGUCGUCGGACGACGAGGACGGCGAGGGCGCGGAUGACGAAGAUGAAGACGAGAGCGACGAGGGACCGAGCCCUCACGAUGUGAAGGACAAGGGCAAGGGUCGCGCUUAUGACUACGACGACUACGACGACGACGGUGAGCUCGAGUACGUGUAA